GUCUCUGCGCAUCCCGGGGUGCCUGGGCGACUGGUGCCCGCUCUAGGGGCACAGGCUCAGGGCUGGGAGGAUGAUGUGAGCUGCAGCAGGCACCCAGCGAGAGCUCAAGGGCACAGCCAGGUUUCCCAGGAGGUGAGGCAGAAGGAGCCUGCUUGCAGCCAGUGCCCACACCUGGGGUCCAGCAGCUCAGCCUCAUGUCCAGAGGAGGGGAGAUGGUUUAUAUCCCAGAUGACUCUGACUUCAGCUCCUUCAGGGAUCAGUGUGAGAGCCUGGAGGGCUGGCAUUGUCGGUAUAACAAGGCUGGUGUGACCGUGUGGAGUCAGGGCCAGGAGGAAAGCUGCACCGUGCAGAAAAUCAAGACCCGCAUCUCCUGCAAGGAUGUCCCUGCCGAGACCCUCUAUGAUGUGCUGCAUGACACCAGCUACCGCAAGAAAUGGGACUCCAACAUGAUCGAGACCUACGACAUCGGGCGCCUCACUGUUAAUGCUGAUGUCGGAUACUACUCCUGGAAGUGCCCCAGUCCCCUGAAGAACCGGGAUUUCGUCACCCUGCGCUCCUGGCUGCCCCUGGGAAACGACUACAUGAUCAUCAACUACAGCGUCAAGCACCCGAAUUACCCACCCCGGAAGGAUUUUGUGAGGGCCGUGUCCCUGCAGACAGGUUACCUGAUCAAGGCCAACGGCGACGGUGCCUGUGUCCUCUACUACCUCACUCAGGUGGACCCUCGCGGGUCGCUGCCAAAGUGGGUGGUGAACCGUGUCUCCCAGUUUGUGGCACCGAAGGCCAUGAAGAAGAUCUACAAGGCUGGGCUGAAGUACCCGGAGUGGAAACGCAAGCAUGACCCCGAGUACAAGCCCUGGGUGUACCCGGAGCAGAACACCCUGCCCAGCGUGAGCCUGGCCGAGCUCUCGGUGCAACACGCUGACUCCCUGGAGAACAUCGACGAGACGGGGCUGCCCGAGGACCACCUGAGCACCAGUGACCACGAGGCCUGAGCCCUCUCCGUGGGCUUUUGUGGGGGGACCCCCUCAUGACGGAGGCUUGGCAGCCAGAAGGCACGGGUGGGAAUUUGGCCCCAUGCCCCCCAAUAGCCAGAUCUGCUCUCCAACUCCUUCAUCGUACAACCCCCUACCCAGGCAGCAGGGUGCUGUCCCAUGGGAAUCUGAGUCACAAGCACUGGAAAGAGGGAGGAUGGGCACCCUGGUCUCCCCUGUGCCCAUUGAGAUGUCCCCACAGGAGGUAGUGCUGGCAGUGGGAGUGGGUGCCCCAAGGAGAGGCUGAGCAGAGCAAGAGAGGGGAAACCCUUCAUGGGGUGAGUAGGAGCUUUCCUGGCACCAGGGUAUGCCUCUCCCAUGGUAAGAUCUUCUAGGGGUGUCCCUCAAAAGUCCAGAAAUGAAGGGCUGUGGGGACUCUGCUCAGGCUUUGCAGCAGCACAGGGCUUAGACUGACCUGCUCUGGCCCAAGGUCUGCCACACCCAAGGUCAGGCUGGGCCCACUGCAGCCCCCCCACGCUUUGUGUGACCCCUUCACCUCAGGGAGCCCUCCCAGGUCCACUCCUGAGUGCCAGGCUCACUUCUGCAGGCUGGCUGUAGUCCAGCUGGCUCUGGGGACCCCUUCUCAGGUGGUGUUUGGGGGGGCUUAGGACAAGGCAGUGGGAUCUCGGGCAGCCUAUGUCCCCACUCUCUUGGUGUUUGCUGCUGCUGUGGUUUCUGGCACAACAAUAAAGGGGUUGGUGUGUGUGC